AUCCUGUCAUCCGGUCAUCCUGUCAUCCGGUCAUCCUGUCAUCCGGUCAUCCUGUCAUCCGGUCAUCCUGUCAUCCUGUCAUACUGUCAAACUGUCAAACUGUCAACAGAAUACCGCCAAACUGUCUUCACCGAUCCUCAUCUCGCGCACCGUCUCCUACGAGGCGGCUGCCAAUUCUCCCCCCAAUCGCAGCACAUCGUACGGAACUAUGGCGGACCGAACAAGCAGACGCAGGAGAUCUAGUAGCCUCCUCCAAGUCCAUUACGAACCGGCUGAGACACUUGAGCAGAUAAGUGACCAAGCCGUCGUCCCCAACCUCAAUGCCAACUGGGUCAAUGCCAAAGGAGCCUGGACUAUCCACCUCGUACUUAUCGCCGGUCUCAAGAUCUUUUACGAUAUCAUUCCAGGAGUGUCACAGGAGUCAUCCUGGACGUUAACGAAUAUCACGUACAUGUGCGGCUCGUACAUCAUGUUCCAUCACGUACGCGGCAUCCCCUUCGAGUUCAAUGGCGGCGCCUUCGACAACCUGAACAUGUGGGAACAAAUCGAUGACGGCGCCCAAUACACCCCCGCCAAGAAGUUCCUCCUCAGCGUGCCCAUCGUGCUCUUCCUCUUGAGCACCCACUACACCCAUUACGACCUGACGUACUUCAGCAUCAAUUUCCUAGCCUUAUUGGCUGUUGUCAUCCCUAAGCUUCCAUUCAGCCAUCGCAUGCGCCUCGGCCUUUUCCACGGAGUACCCGAGGAUUGAAGUAGCCCACACAAUAAACUAGGCAACCGUCUGGCGGUGGCUGGCGGCGUUCUGUAGGGAGACUUCACCGGUAUCAGGUCCCACCGUGGGACCAUGUGGGGGUCAAGAGGGAAAGCAAGAGAAGAAGAAGACGAAGAAAAGAGUACUCGGUAGAGAGAUCAUGGUCAAAGAGGGAGAAGGCGGAUAUCUGAAUCACAAAACAUCGCAACACCCAGUAGCGACCAUCCUUCCGUGCCAUGGGACGGGGUGAUAUGAUAUCCCGGCGAGCGUCUUGCGAGCCAGAUGGAGCGAACAAUAGGACCUUUCAGUGGCGCAAAAUCGACGAACGAUUGGGGCCUUCCAGACUAAUCUUUUUUACUUCGUUCGGUUCACGAUGAAAACCCAUAU